GAACUAUUCCUCCAUCUUCAUCCCUCACUUCUAGAUCUCGCGCUCGGCUUCUUCUUACGCACGAAGGUAUUUUCUCAAGAUGGAGGGCACUUACAACGAUCCCGCGAACACCUUUAUCCCGCUCAAUGGUGCCAACAUCAUUCCUUCAUUCCUCUUUGAUGACGGCGACCCAUCGGAACAUAUCUUCGACUACUUAAACCAAACAGUGGAGCAGGAUCCCAUUUUCCGUGUGGACAACUGGACUCAAGCUUGUUCUAAUCCUGAAACGAUAUUCGGCAGUGCGUCUUCAAUAGGUCCCUUCGUUGGGUGCUUGCUUUAUGCCAACGUCACUCGCGAUAUCGCAAAGGGCUCCUUGAAUAGCUCCUUGCUUACGAAUGCGGCUGACCGCAGCUUCUUGUCAAAUAACUCCGAGACCAUAUCCUUAAAUCUUCGAUCAACUUACACCACAUGUUUGGCUGGCUAUUGUGCUACCCAAGCCGAGUGCGCUGCCAGCGAACUUUGCACCGUCGGUAACCUGCUAACCGGCAACUACGAAUUGUCUGCUCAAGGAGUUGUGAAAUGCUGGCUCAAGUUGUGUACCCCAAGCGUUCAAUUGGCCAAUCCCGACAUUGCAGGUGUUGGGAUCCUUAUCUCAUACCUCACCCAGAGCGCCAUUGCCCUGCUCGCACUUGUUUCCUUAACUAUCCUUGCUUACGGAGUCUACAAGAAACAAAAGAAACUCUCCAAAUCCCACCUGACUCGUGGGUUGACAGGCUUGACUCUCAACGACGAGCCAUCCAGCCUCUCAAAGCCGCUAAAAGUUGGCAAAACGGUGGAAGAUCAAUACAUCAUCUUCUGUGCUACACUGGCCGAAUUCCACAAGACACAGUGCUACUUCACUAUUGCGCUCCAAAUCGCAACCUUUGUCAUCAUUUACUCAAAAACGACGCCAUUGCUUUUUGUCGACCAGAAUUUUCUUCUUCUUGUGAGCUUGGAUGGGUUGCUGCCAGUUACCUUAUCCCUAUACACCUUAAUGACGUUUGGGAAAAGGUCAUGGUACAUGAUCGGACUGUCUGUCGUCUCUGCGGUACUAUCUACAGCAAAUGGGGUACACAUCACCCGAAGCUUCGCCUCCUAUACGGACGUGCCGGGGGUCGGGCCUGCCGCAUGUGGAGGGGUAGGUCCCGCUGGGCUUUGCUACGCCAUCGGAAGAAACAGCGAAAUCUUCCAGGAGGAUGUUGCCUCAUUUUACUACAAACUCAUCAUGAGCAUAACGGACAUCUUCAUGGGAUGCCUAGUUCUUUGGAAGAUCUUGACAGAGUCAACACCGUGGUGGUCGGUAUGGAUCAAAGGACUCGCAAAGAGACUCAUUGCCGGAAUGAAAAGCACGAGUGGUUUCACGUCAAAUGAAACACACCGAUCCAACAGGCUCAAUCACCGCAUCCAGUUUUGGAUCGCAGUAUUCUUUCACUUCAUCAUAGUCUCGGGGAUGUUGGUUUGUCUCGGCCUCGUGUUCUCACUCUUCCAGCAAGUUCUCGCGAGUCCGUACGUCGAUGCCAAGUCUUGGGGCUUCGGGCAGAUUGUAGGGAUCACAAUCUGGAUGGGAGUUAUGAUGGAACUGGCGUAUCUUGAAUACAAUGGGAUCUCUGAAGGUUUGGAGUGGCGUCUUCCUAAAUGGAUAAAGGUUGGCGAGGAUGAGACGAAGCCGGGGCAUCUCACUAUAACCUUGGAGGAGACGGAUUUUGGGCAGCAAAGAACUGAUUCAGAUGAGUUGGAAAUGGAUCCUAAAGUGGCGAAUGUAAGCUUCGGGGAGGAAUUCGGACGACAUAUCACGUGAAAGUCCAACCUCCGGCAUCGCAAUAACGGAGGCCAGGAAAAAUGAUCUUCAUCCUCACACCCUUCGAUUGUCACAUUACUCUCAAAUAUAUUCCUAAAUAUUACUGAUCAGUAAAAUCGCUAUCAGGGUUUGACACUUAGCACAGACUUGGAUUCUGAGACAAGAAGGCGAGAUGCAAUCCACUAAUGAUGUCAGCUUAAUGACCUCCCUCGGUCUCAAGAGCAACGUCACAACAGCCUCAGCAGACAAGACUUUCUACUAUCACCGCGGCUUGGAAACUUACAAUAGCUCCACGCCAAUCUUGGUUCUCG